CUAAUUUAGGCCUUUGGUUUCCGGUACUCUCAUCCUUGUUCAGUAGUAGCUGAGUAGAUUCAACCCAAGAGGACGUUCAGCUCCACCUGCAUUGGAAACAGUGGAUGACGUUUUCCACACGAUUUCAGACUUGUUUGACGAUAAAAAGCUGUGAGCCUAUAAUAAUCUUUUUCCAGAAGGUUUCUGUGCUUGUCCUCUUUUGGAUCAGUCAUUAGAUGAUGCGGUCACCACUUGUAGGAUUCGGUUCUAGGAGUUGACUACUUUAUGUGACAACCAGUGCUCUACGGAGACUACGUCCGUUCCUUGCUUUUGUAUUCUCCUGUUAUGUCCUCUGAGGUGCCCGGAUCUAGUGGUGAAAAAAAGGAAAGGCAGAUCAGGUUCAAAGUCACUUCUUAGAAUCCUGUGUAGUAUGAGUAGAUCUCCACUUCACAGUCAGAGAAAGUCGGGUUAAGUCUUAAGAUGAUAGGAUACCUGUAGAUGUCAUUUUCUUUAGUAAGGCGUUCGACAGGACACCUCAUUCCAGGUUGCUGGGGAAAGUGAAGAGUUUUGGAAUCACUGGCAGUCUGCUUGCAUGGAUGGGAUACUUCGUCGCUAGUGGGAAACAGAGAGUAAGGAUCAAUUCUCAACUCUCCUCUCGGAAGUCGGUAGGGAGUGGAGUGCUACAAGGCACAGCCUCGAAUCCCCUGCUAUUUGUCCUAUAUGUAAAUAAGCUGUCAAAUAUCACGAAAUCCCCUAUGGUUUUCUACUCUGAUGUGAAAAUCUGGCGGAAAAUUAGGAAUGACGAGGAUAUGCGUGCACUUCAGACAGACCUAAACAGCUUGUUUACCUGGUCAGAUAAGUGACUAAUGCCUUUCAACGCAGGUAAAUAUGUGUGGAUGCACAUGAGCACACACAUGGCAACAUCUUUAAUGUUGGUGGGACUCCUCUACCGUCAUAUUGACCCACAAUAACCUUGGAGUCACUGAGUUAUGAUUUGAAAAGCAUGGCACACUGUUAGUUGGUAGCAGCUCGGAGUUUUAGGACACUGGGCUAGAAAACUGUACACAGCAAGUCGUUCGAAAGGUGACGCAGACCUGUAAAGAGGGCAGCCACUUGUAUGGUCCCUGCGAUAGCUGGCCUGACUUAUAACGAUCGACUUCAGGAACUGGACCUUUUCUCCUUAUCCUAUCGCAGACAGAGGGCAGGUCUAAUCAUGCCAUACAGGGUUUUAAGACAUGACUUUGAACCUGACCUCUCUUUUUUCCUUCCCACUAGGUCGGAACACCUCACAGGCCUUCCCUGAAGAAUACAAAAGCAAAGAACGAAAAUAGUCUCCGCGGAGUACUGGUUCUCGAGUCGAGUAACCAGCUCCCAGAAGAAGUGGUCCCAUCAUCAAUUGACUCGUUCAAAAGGGGAUUGGGCAGGCACAGAGAUCUACUGAAAAAGGAUUAAUAUAGGCUCACAGCCUCCUAUCCUCAAACAACAAAUCGGAAAUCUUUUGAUGUGUUAUGUUUCUUACGAAGAUUUUUCCGAAGCUUAGGAUUAUGCGUUGAGAAUAUUCUGUUCUGUUCUAAGACCACGUAGAGUACUGCGUUUAGACAGCCAUCUCAUGCAUUAAAUAUGAUGCGUACGUACUUGAGUGUGUUCAAAGGGCAGAUGCUGGACUAGUGGCAGGUUUUUCAAAACUACUAUUUAAGGAAAGAUCAGAUCGUUUAAAUAUGUUCUCGCUGUCUUAUUGCAGGAAAUGCUGUGUCUCAUACUGAAAUUCCGCAUCCGUAAAAUGACUUUGAUACUAAUGCCUAACUUUUGUCUUCUCAUAGGAUUAAUUAUCCCUAAAGCCAUGACCUUAAAGUACAAAAACAAAGUUUGGUAGAGUUAGCUUGAAACUGCUUUUUUCCACCAAGUAGCCAUUGACUGAGUCUACUUCAUGAUUUGGCAUCAGCUCCAUCAGUUAAUGCUUUCAAGGAGUCACGAAACCUUCGAAAAGAUAUCUACUCCAAUGAUGAACGCAAAACAACCAGGCUACUUUAUUAUAAAUGUAUUCGUAAUGAACGGUUACAUAAAAUGAAAUUACUUAGUUUUGGUAAUAUUUCGAGCAGAAUUACCACAUGCGAUCACACUAAUUGUUGAAAUUAUUUGUUACACCAAAUAAUUUGUUGGAUAUUCACAAGGUGACUGAGUGCGUUUUGUUCGUCCGUUUCGUAGUGGUUUCUUCAUAGUACUACUUGCAUGUGACCGAACCACUAAGUGGAUAGUUUUGUCGUUAAGGGUAGGACUGUUGAAAAGAGCAGCGAAAGGCGUGUCGAAUGAAGUGCAAUCUUAACUGUGAAAGCCAAGUCUUGAUGGCCAUCCAUAAAGUCAGUGGUCAUGCGUUAGUGUUUUGUAAGUUUCCUGGAUGUGAUUGAAAUCUGUUAAGAGUUGAUUACUAUCAGUAUCAUAGAUCCAUUUCCUGCAUAUUACUUUGGAUAUCAGACAUCUUACUUGUAUGCUUACGCUUUUAAUUUUUGCUUCUUUUUCGCUAUGAAGUGUUACUAAAUAGGCGAAAAUACUAUUCCACUUGGGUUGUUGGCGUCAGUCAGUAACAGGAAUAAGUCCCUCCUUUGGUUUAUAAAAACUGAUCCUUCCUAACCUCAUUGGUUUCAUCCAUCAACAGAUUAUUCAUUAUCUCACCUUCAGCUAACUACACUUAUUUCUAGGCUCGCCUUGUCAAAAAUUAUGGUUUCCUUCCUAUGAGCCUUUACUGCCGUAUGCGUAUUGGGGAUGCCAGAUUCGAAACUCAGACUGCAUCAGGGGCCGGGAAACAUCCUAUUUGGAAUGAAACCUUCCGGUGUUGGCUGCAUGAAGGCACCGACAGACUAACAUUAGAGAUAGUUUCGGAAAAUGUUAUGUUCGCUGAUUCACAAGUCGCUCACGCAGUAAUCGUUUUCCCUCAUUCAUUAUUCGAUGGUAUCCCCUUGAAUCAAUGGUAUGAGCUUAGUGGGAAACAAGGCGAAAAUUUAGAAGGCUCCAUUAAUCUAAUCUUUCAGUGUCGAAGAGUUCCAGUGAAUUCCUCAGUCUUACAGUCCACUCCAUUAUAUUGUCAACCUGGAUACGGUGCUACCGGUGAUAUGAGGGUACUGUCUAAACCAAUCUCAUCUGAAGACAUUCAAGCAGUAAGAGAAAUUUUCACCUCAGUGGAAGACGAUACAAUUCGAUCUCUUUUGACUACACACCAUGGGAAUCGAGAAAUGGUUAUCAAUGAAUUACUCCGUAUGACGAAUGAAACCUAA